AUUUAGUCACGAGAUGAGCGGUGCAACUCAGUCGCAGCGCCGCGUCAGGCCUCGGAACCCUAAAACCACACCCUUUUUGGUCCGUUGCCCCCUUUCGUUUCUCCCGGCUCCUCUCGUAUGGAUAGCUUCAUUUGAUUGCUCGCUACCCCGGCGAUUGGACCUCCCGGGUUGGAAUCAGUAUGGCAGAAGAGUUCAUGCAUAAGAAUAGGUUGCAAGAAUAUACACAAAGAUCUUCUAUCACCUUGCCACUAUAUCAGACUAUUAAUGAGGGAACCCCGCAUGCGCCUGAGUUCAGGUCUACUGUAGUCGUGGAUGGGAAAAAUUUCACUUCCCCAUGCACAUUUCCGACCAAAAAGGCAGCCGAACAAUGUGCAGCAAAAUUUGCCCUUGAGGGCAUCCGUAUCAUCAACAAGAACAAGGGCUUGUCUCUCAUCCAUAAUGAUACCAUUCUCUGUAAACUUAUCCUGCAUGAAUAUUCUGUGAAGAUGAACAUGAACCUGCCAACAUAUGAGACUUCUCACAAGCCAGGGCUGAUUCCAGCCUUCGUCUCUUCUGUUUUGUUUGAUAACAAGACAUUUAAAGGUGAAACUGCAAUGAGCAAAAAAGAGGCAGAACGGGUUGCUGCUUGCACUGUUAUUAAAUAUAUUCUAGGAAACUGUGAUACAGGAGAUAUUAUGAGACAAAUCAUAGAAUCAAAGAAUAAACAUUACGCUGUGGUGCAUAGAGGGAAAGGAUCAUGCUCAUCCCUGGCUAGAAAUGCAGAGACAAGUGGUCCCAGUAGUAGUAUCCAAGAAAAUAAAAUGUUGGCUCCCUUGUUUUAUGACAUUCCACAUGCUGUUGCAUAUUCUGAGGCAUUUGCUUCAGUACCUGCUAACACUGCAGCAGCAGAUUCUAUUUGUUCAGCCAAGGAGGAAUAUGCAGGUAAACAAUGUUCUGCCUUGAUUGAGAGUUGGAACUCUUUGUCAACUCCAACCGUAACAGUUAUAGCAGGUGGAUCAACAAAUGGUGCUUCCGGAACUGACUUUGUUGUGCCUCACAUGCUGCUUCCUAUUCAAGGGAAAACUGAAGUACCAUCUGAUGACCCAACUAGCCACGCCCGAGAUGUGGUUCCUAUUUCAAGUAAAGGGCGUUCCAGGGAAAAGAAUGAAGAACAGUGCCAGUUAAAGAAAGCUCGAGUAGAUGGACAGUCACAGUUUGAACCAUGUGCUCAACAUUCAGGGAAUUUGGUCAUCAUCGAUAUCUGAAGAGACUUGGUCAUUUCUGGCUGAGAAAGAAAGACGAUGCAGCUGUUUCAAGGCUUUGGAUCUGCUCUACGAGGAUGUGUGCCUUCUUUCUUGUGUACAUAUGAAGGAACAACCAAAUCUUGUUGUGUUAUUAAUAGAACUGGCAUUGAAUACUGUCUAAUAUUGGGCUUGUGCUGUUGGUGUGA